AAUCCGUCAGAAGCAGGGAAGAGGCUCUCGUCUGCUCCGUUCAUGGACGAUCCCUGGCCCCUGGCCCUGCUCCGUCUCUGUCUCUGACCGCACACUCGUCCAGGAUGAGCUGUAAGGUGGCGCUAUGGCUGCUGCUAGCCGGCCUGCUGUGCGUCGCCUCCACCGGCCGUAAGACCCGACCGCAGGGAUCCAUCCCGUCACCCCACAAAACCGGCUCCAACACCUCCGACCGGCGUGCCCGCAAACAGGAAGUGCUGGCCUCCAGCCAGGAAGCUCUGGUGGUGACGGAGCGCAAGUACCUGAAGAGCGACUGGUGCAAGACGCAGCCGCUACGGCAGACGGUCAGUCAGGAGGGCUGCAAGAGCCGCACCGUCAUCAACCGCUUCUGUUACGGCCAGUGCAACUCCUUCUACAUCCCGCGGCACGUCAGGAAGGAGCAGGAGUCCUUCCAGUCCUGCGCCUUCUGCAGGCCGCAGCGCUUCACCAGCCUCACCGUGGAGCUCAACUGCCCCGACCUGCAGCCAGAUGUCCGCUACCGCAAGAUCCAGCGCGUCAAGCAGUGCCGCUGCAUGUCCGUCAGCGUGUCCGAGUCUGGGAAACAGUGAGAUCCUGACGACGUUCCACUGGAAACACCUGCUGCUAAUCUGAGCUGAAAGACUGCAAGGCUUCAUCACGUCAUCGCAAGACUGUCCUGCUGGACACCGGUCAAUAUCGGUCAGCACUAGUGCCAACGGUCACCACUGAUCACUAUCGGUCAGCACUAAUGCCAACGGUCACUACUGAUCACUAUCGGUCACCAAUGGACACUAUAAGUCAUCAUUAGUCACUAUCGGUCAUCAUCGGUCACCACUAGACACCAUCAGUCACCAAUGGUCUCAAACAGUCACUAGAGAGUGUGUGGAAACAGACUGACGUGCAGAGAAUUGACUAAACACUGAACUCUAUCCAGGAGCUGCUGCCUGUGUGACGACUGAUGAUAGCUAACACCAAACAUGCAUAACUAGACUGAUUAUAGAGAUUCUAUGGAAAUAUGGUACAGCAAAACGGCAGAGCGUC